AUGGAAAGCCACAGAAACAUCUCAGAAUUUGUUCUUCGUGGACUUUCUUACAGUCAACAAAUACAGAUAUUUUGCUUUGUGUUCUUCUCAUUCUGUUAUAUUCUUCUGUUGGGAGGAAAUAUUCUGAUCAUCAUCUCUGUCCAGCUCAGCCAUCUGGUAAACCAGCCAAUGUACUAUUUCCUUGUCCAUUUGUCCUCAAUAGACAUCUGUUAUACCUCCACUGUAACGCCUAAAUUAAUUGCUGAUUUGCUAGUGGAAAGAAAGACCAUUUCCUAUAGUUACUGCAUGUUCCAGGUCUUUGUGCUGCACUUUUUUGGAGGUAUUGAGAUCUUUAUUCUUACUGCCAUGGCUUAUGAUCGCUAUGUUGCCAUCUGCAAACCCCUCCACUACAUGCUCAUCAUGAACCGAACAAAAUGCAAAGUCUUACUUCUUGCGACCUGGAUUUGUGGGGCUGCCCAUGCCUUUCCUCUUUUCAGCAUAGUUGUCAGUUUGCCCUUCUGUGAUGUAAAUGAAAUUGAUCACUAUUUCUGUGAUGUUUUCCCUUUGAUUGAAAUUGCCUGUACUGAUACCUUCAUUGAUGGCAUGCUGGUAAUUGCUUUUUCUGGUCUGGUAAUCUCAGGCACCUUUGUGGUCCUUCUUAUUUCUUAUGUGAUUAUAUUAUUCUCUUUAAGGAAUCAAUCAGCAGAAGGAAGGCAAAAAGCCCUCUCUACUUGUGGCACUCAUAUCAUUGUUGUCAUCUUAUGGUUUGUACCUGCAAUCUUUAUCUACCUUAGACCUCCCACUACCUUCCCUGAGGAUAAAAUAUUCUCACUUUUUUACACCAUCAUUUCACCAAUGUUCAACCCCUUAAUCUAUUCUCUGAGAAAUCGAGAGAUGAAAAGCACAAUGAAAAAAGUUUGGUGUCAAAAACUCCUUUCAAAAGAAGUUCAUAAAUAG